AUGGGAUUAGUAUCUUGUUGUAUUUUAGGUUAAAGAUAUUUUUUAAUUUAUUAGGUUACCUUCUCCAAAUAAUAAGUUUUGGAUGCUUUUUUGAAAUUUUGUGUGACAGUCAAACAAGUUUCGCUCUUACAUAUAGCUUAGGAAGUAUUAUUCCAAUUUUCGGGUAACUAUUAAAUAUCAUUAAUAAAUAGGCCAGGCUUUUUAAUCGGAUUCAAGAAAUAGUUUGAAUAUAUGUUUGACAAAGAAAAAUAAUUGAGAGUGAUGAUCUAUGCUACGUCUGUGGCUGCGAGCUUUCUUUCAGUUUAUAUAUUUAAAUCAAAAUUUUUGUUUUGA